CUGCAAUGGGAAAUCCACAGAGGACAGGAUCAUUUAUGCCAAAGUUUUCUUCAGUUUCCUCCAAACAAGGUGGAGAUGGAUGUAAUCGAUGUGUUGUGCUGUGUCUGGGACUCUUGAACGUUGUUCUGCUAAUAGUCGCAGUUGUUCUUGGGGUUAACUGUGCCAAAGUCAAAGCGGGCUCUUUGCACAUUUCCCACCCAGCUGUAACGCAGCUUUUUAGUGAGCUCGACUUUCUCCAAAGCAAUCACAGCGACGUGAUCGAAGCUGAAGAGGAGGCCAAGAAGGCGUUAGAGAGAGCGAUCAAAAACCAUGAAGAAAUAAAGGUGAAAAUUGAGCAGCUGAAGAACAUCAGUGAUGGUUAUCAGAAACAGGUAGAAGCUCUGCGAACAGUGAAGACAAACCUGCAGUCCAACAUAUCAACUUUAGAGGGAUCUUGUGGUAGCUGCCUCCCUGGAUGGAUUCUCUUCAACUCGUCCUGCUAUUUCUUCUCUUCCACCGAGUCCUCUACUGUCAAAAAGAACUGGCACUACAGCAGAGCAGACUGUGUUAGACGUGGAUCUGACCUGGUUGUGAUCGAUGACCAGGAAGAGCAGACAUUUGUGAGUAACACCAUCAAACGUCUAAAAACCAACCCUCAUCAGUGGACAAAUGGAUUCUGGGUUGGUCUUACGGACAUAGCGACAGUGGGGACAUGGGUGUGGAUUAAUAAUGUCACAGAGGUGGAACAAAGGUACUGGAUGGACGGAGAACCAAAUGUGGAAGAAGAAAACUGCGUGAUUGUCAUUUACUCCCCCACUAACCCCUGGAAGACUCGCUUCGAUGGAAGCUGCCAAAACCAUCAGUUAGACUGGAUAUGUGAAUUGCCAUCAAGAUAAAUGCUUGAUAUUCCACUCCAGCAACUCGGAAUAAUCCAUAUGUUUUGUUUUGAGGCAUCUUUGACUUGUAAUAUUUUAACUGUAUUUUAGCAGUCAUUGCCUACAGAAUCUUACAAAAUGUACUGCAGUUAACAACAUUAAAACAU